AUGUUUUGUUUUAGGAUUGUGCUGUGCCCAAUGCGCUCAGGUUGAGCACUGUGUUGCGUUAGCAUGCAUCGUCUUGUUUUUUGAUCAGCUACAUUCACCCUAAACGCCAAUUCUAGGGAAAGCAUUUCGGAUCACCUUCAUAGCUACACGAUGAUACAAAAUACGCAGUACGUAAAAGAUGCUGGCACUUUUCAAUGGCACUGCCCGUCUAUCUCUCUCGUCCAUCUAAGUUUCAUUCAUUUCCGCGUGGAAUUUUUCUGAUCUGCGCAGGUUUGUGAUGUCAGUGUUAAUAAAUGUCCACAGUGCAUUCCACAGACUGAAACUGCUUUGACACACCGACUGCGUGGCAAUAAAGUGCUAUCCUUGAAACGGUGGGCCUCAGUGUUCAUAGGUUGAGUGUCUAGUUUUGUGACGUAGUUUACAGUGACCAGGCUGGCAAAUGAGAAUGAAGCAUUAGUAGAUCUUGUUUUACUAUGUCCGCACUUAUAGUCUACACUUGUCACUUUCACAUCCACUGUAAUCUAUUAGCCGAGGACCUAGACAGGACGUAUCAUCAAUGAGUGUGUUUCGAAAGAGGCGUACUUUCUGCUCCAAAGGAAACAUUUUAGGACUUUAAUUAUUGUUGGUGUUUUUGUUUUUUUUGUGAGUCAGAUGUUUUCAUAAACUUCUAUAAGGUGAAAAAUGGCACUUUAUGUUCAAGGUCUAAGUAAGGGGGCACCUGAUAACGGCAUGGCACAGUUCCAGGAAAUGAUGCGGCAGCAGCUGGAGAGCUCCAUGCACACCGAGCUGGGAAAACUGCUGGACACUUCCAAAGGGCAGGAGAAAGAAGUAGCUACAAAGGACUUUCAAGGAUUUGAGAAACUUUUCCACCGAUUCCUACAAGUCAAGGGACCGUCGGUGGAGUGGCCCAAAAUACAAAGGCCUCCAGAAGAUUCUAUCCAACCUUAUGAUAAGAUUGCAGCUCGUGGACUUCCUGACAAUGUGGCUGACAGUCUGAACAAACUGGUGGUGGUCAAGCUGAAUGGAGGUUUGGGUACCAGUAUGGGAUGUAAAGGGCCCAAGAGCCUGAUCAGCGUCCGCAAUGAAAACACAUUUCUGGAUCUCACCGUGCAGCAGAUAGAGCACCUAAAUAAAACCUACAAAACAGAUGUGCCACUGGUGCUCAUGAACUCCUUCAAUACUGAUGAAGACACAAAGAAAAUCCUGCAGAAGUACACUCACACCCAGGUCAAGAUACACACCUUCAACCAAAGCAGGUAUCCUCGUAUUAACAAAGAAUCACUCCUUCCUGUCGCCACUAACAUGAGCAUGAGUGGGUCCAGUGCAGAGGGCUGGUACCCCCCGGGCCAUGGCGACAUCUAUGCCAGUUUCUACAACUCAGGUCUUCUCGACCAACUCAUUGCAGAAGGGAAGGAGUACAUCUUUGUGUCCAACAUAGACAACCUGGGAGCCACCGUGGAUCUGCACAUCCUUCACCACUUAGUCACUCAGCCCAAUGGAAAACGCUGUGAGUUUGUAAUGGAGGUGACGGACAAAACGCGUGCUGAUGUUAAGGGUGGUACAUUGAUUGAAUAUGACCGUAAACUGCGCUUGCUAGAGAUUGCCCAGGUCCCUAAAGCACAUGUGGAUGAGUUUAAAUCUGUCACAAAGUUUAAAAUCUUCAAUACCAACAAUUUGUGGAUUUCUCUGCCAGCUAUCAAGAGGCUGCAGGAGCAAAAUGCAAUGGACAUGGAGAUUAUCGUGAACCCUAAGACUCUGGAUGGUGGUCAGAACGUGAUUCAGUUGGAAACCGCUGUGGGUGCAGCCAUCAAAUGUUUUGACAAUGCCCUCGGCAUUAACGUGCCACGCAGCCGCUUCCUCCCUGUGAAGACCACUUCUGAUCUGCUGCUGGUCAUGUCCAACCUCUAUAGCCUGGACGCUGGCUCUCUGACCAUGAGCCCUAAGAGAGAGUUCCCCACUACACCACACGUCAAGCUAGGCAGCUCCUUCACUAAGGUUCAGGAAUACUUGAUGCGUUUUGAGAGCAUCCCAGACAUGCUGGAACUCGACCACCUCACAGUGUCUGGAGAUGUCACAUUUGGUAAAAAUGUUUCUUUGAAGGGAACUGUCAUCAUUAUAGCCAAUCAUGGAGAUCGAAUUGACAUUCCUGCAGGUUCUAUGCUGGAGAACAAAAUUGUUUCUGGAAAUCUGCGGAUUCUGGAUCACUGAGUUCCUUUAGAACCCAUCCCACAAUGCACCUGUAACAUGUGACCAAGCUGGCUUUAUUACUCAUUGUACAUGUGAAAUCCCUGUUUGUCAUAAAAUGAAUGCAAAUAGGAUGUAGCAGCACAAGCAGUGCUUUGUUUUGCUAAAUUUACUGCCACCUGCAGGAUCAAGUUAAAAGUAAGAAAUAGUAUAAAUUACAAAAUGUCCUUUAGCAAUUACAUCUGUCAAAAAUGUUACAAUUAACUGUACCUACUUCAUCUGAUAAACAUGUUGAUGCUUGAAAGUAGAACAUGGUUUUGUUUUGUUUUUCACUUUAGGUACUUUUAUUUGACUGUUUACACAGUACCGCUAAUGUGACCUUCCAUGAAACAAUGAACUGUCUAAUGUUAACACUGAUUGCAUACAACAUCCCUGAGCCACAACAGAAAUCAGUGUACUGUUUUGUUUAACAGUAUUAUUCCAAAGAAGUCAUGGCAGCAUAUGUUUAUAUACUAUGGCUCAGUAAUGUACAACUGAAUAUUUUGCUAUGUAUUGUCACAACAAGACAAUGAAGUUUGUCAAAUCUGAAGAAUUGUGAAUGUCCAAGGUUGUAUUCACAUUGUUUUGUCAUGUCUGUAUUUGUUAUUAUAAAGGACCGAAACAAAUGCACCUUCUAAAUGGGCAUUUAACAAGAAUACGCCUUAAUGAAAAUCACAAUUCACUAAAAUUGGUACUUGAACUGAAGAUUUUUGGAAAAUUUUAAGAUUUUCAAAUAUUACUGCUUGUGCCAUAGAUGGUAAAAAUGAAGUCCAUUUGUUUAAUGCCUGUUAGCCUCUAUGGCCUGUCACCUGUCCCCUUGUAUUGUGUCCUUAUCAAAGAUAUGUUAUCGGUCAAUGUAAAAUUUCUCCAAAAAGUGAAGGCCUUCUUUACUGUAUUUGGUUGUGUCAGUUUAAGAGAAUCCCUGCUGUGCAUUCCUUUCAUGUUUUAUCAUAGUCAGAGUUCACCAUGACCUUCAUGUUGUCUAAUGCCUCCAUGUCAGUAUCACUCUGCGUUAGUUCAUUUAGGGACAACACAAGAAGGUGCAAUAUUUUAUGCAGUGUUGAUUUGAGACACUUGACCGUACUGAUGCAGAGCAUGGUAAAAGCAAUGUGUGCUAGAGAUAUGUGGAGCGAAAGUCUGAAAGCAAUAAGUGUUGAGUGUAAUGUCUCAGCCCAGCUCUGGACCCUCUGAGUUGAAUAAAGUGCAAUAUGAA